AUGAAAGUUUCCAACGAUGACGCCAGUUCGGUUAUUCCUCGAAAAAUUAUCAAGCUAAGUCGUGAAGAAUUGCAAGCAGCUGACAGUGAUACUCUCGUCGAGAAAGUUCUGUCGUUGACUGAUCAACUCAGCCAAGUCACCGAAGUGGCGAAAAAGUUAAAGACUCGUGAAGCGCAAGCCCGCUUACAAUUCAUUCAGAAGGAUAAGGAGCUCAAGGAUCUUAUCAGGGAGCGCAAUGAUGCUUACUAUAGUGGAGUUAGCAUGGGUCCCACUCAGAGGGAUCAGCUACUCGAUCCAUUCUUUUAUGAGGCCUUUAUUUCUAUGAAAGAGAAGAUAGCUAGCAAGGACAAGGAGAUCACCGCUUUGAAGGAAUCCGUCAAAGCCCUCGAAAGUGGCAAAGAUUGGUUUAGGGAGCGCAAUGAUGCUUACUAUAGUGGAGUUAGCAUGGGUCCCACUCAGAGGGAUCAGCUACUCGAUCCAUUCUUUUAUGAGGCCUUUAUUUCUAUGAAAGAGAAGAUAGCUAGCAAGGACAAGGAGAUCACCGCUUUGAAGGAAUCCGUCAAAGCCCUUGAAAGUGGCAAAGAUUGUAAAAUACUUUAUCAGUUCCUGGAGUCAAAGAAUGCUGCCGUGAAGAAAUUGCGGGAAUGUGACAAGAAUGCACGAAAAAUAGGGCACCUGGAGAAUCGACUUGCUCUAGCACAUGCAGCUCUUCGCGCCAUCAGAAAAGAAAAGAAAGAUCAUGCUCAUGAAAUUGCCGAGAGGGAUGCCAAAAUAGCAGAACUAGAGAAGGAGCUGUUCAACCUUCGCAAUGAAAUGGCCGAAGAGGCUAUUUCGGAGCAUACUGAAUUGGAACCAGAGGAAGAGGUCAAGGCUGAUGCCGAGACGGACGCUGAGGCUGACCAGGUGGAACAGAAGCCUGUAGUCGAGGACGAAGACGACGAUGUGGGUAGCGGUGUUGAUGUUGACGUGUCAAUUCUGCACAGAAGCGGAGAAGACGAUGUCAUCGAGCAAGAAUCCACAGGUAGCGAAGAGCGAUGUGUGUCGGUGGGAGAGAAUGGUGUGCUGAAGAUCACCGUCUGA